AUGGCGGCUGGAUCAUUCCGCGCAUGCUGGAUAGAUAAGGAAGGGGCCAGCCUACAAAUGGAACUGAAACAGGUUCCGUUCGAGGAGCUGUCAACAGGCGAGGAGUACAUCCGUGUCAAAGUCGAGUUUUCCGGCGUCAACUACAAAGAUGGCAUGGCAAUCUGUGGCAUUUAUGGCGUUGUCGAAAAGCUGCCCCUCAUUACAGGCAUUGAUUUUGUGGGAGUUGUUGAUGAGACAAAGGCUGGGUUUCAGAAGGGAGACCGCGUGAUUAUGACCGGGUAUGAAAUGGGUCAAAAGUUCCACGGUGGUCAUGCCGAAUACGCUUCAGUCAAAGCUGCAUGGUUGGUUCCGCUGCCAGAGACCCUGGCCCCGAUUGAUGCAAUGACCAUUGGAACUGCCGGCUUCACGGCGGCCUUGUGCAUAAAGGCUUUAGAAGACAGCGGGUUCGACAAGACGAAGCCCAUUCUCGUCACUGGCGCUGAUGGCGGCGUGGGCAGCGUGGCAGUGUACCUGCUGGCUCAGAAAGGCUGUAAAGUGGCGGCUUGCACUCGCUGGAAGGAUACCGAAGCACGGCUUCGGAAACUAGGUGCAACGGAGAUCGUUCCAGCUCUCAGUACUGACAGCAAAGCUCUUGAUGAGCAGAAGUGGGGCGGGGCGAUUGAUGUGGUUGGCGGCCCCACAAUCCCAACCAUUUGUUCGCAGAUGGCCUAUGGCUGCACCCUUGCGACUUGUGGAGUCGCUGGCGGGCCUGCGAUCAAGACCACUGUUUACCCAUUCAUCAUCCGUGGUGUGAAGCUCUACGGCGUGGACUCGGUUUUCGCCUCCACCGAGGAUCGCAAGCUCGUGUGGUCCGACCUGGCAAAGGUUCCACCAGAGGUGUGGCGGGAGAUGCGCAAAGAGGUGGCGAUGGACGACCUUCAAGAGGUGGCCACGCAGAUCCUGGCUGGGAAGAUUCGUGGGCGCGUAGUGGUGAACAUGGGCCUGAAGGGUCCCCAGCUGCCGAAGGCGCAGGCCGAAGAGGAAGAUUUGGAGGCCUUGAGGCAGCAAUGCCUGGCCUUGCGCAAAUCCCUCACUACCAGCUCGAAGGUUGUCACGGCGGAUCAGGCCAUGAGCACGAUCAUGGAUGGCGACUGCCUGACCCUUUCCGGGUUUGUUGCCACCAUGCCGUGUGACGCCCUCAGCGCUGCCCUGCGCAAGCGCUUCGACAAAACGAAGCACCCGCGUGACUUGGAGAUGGUGUUCUCCAUCAUUGUGGGUGACCGCGAGGGGAAGGGCACAGACCUGCUCACACCCUUGGUCCGCAAGGCAACCUUCGGAUGGACGGAUGUGUGUCCAGCCUUCACCAACGCAGUGCUGUCCGGCAAAAUCCAAGGCUACAAUCUGCCCAUGGGUCAGGUCUCACACAUGAUCCGCUCUUCCGCCAACCAGGUGCCCGGCCAUCUCAGCAAAGUUGGGCUCCACACCUUCGCAGACCCCCGGAAUGGGGGCGGGAAGCGGAACAAGCAGACCACGGAGGAUCUGGUCAAGAUUGUGGAGAUGGGUUCCGAGGAAUAUAUCUUCUACCCCGCCCCCAAGAUCACUGUGGCUUUGCUCCGCGGCUCCGUUGCAGACGAGGCCGGCAACGUGUCUUUCGAACGAGAGCCCUUGUACCUGGACUCACUCAACCAAGCCAUGGCUGCAAAGAACAACGGCGGCCUCGUGGUCGUCCAGGUCCAGCAGGUCGUUCCGCACGGCUCCUUGGAUGCCCGGCGCGUGCACAUCCCAGGCAUGCUGGUGGACAUGGUGGUCGUCGCAGGUGGUGAGCAUGCCGCAGUCACCUAUGCACCUGCAGAUCAGACCUAUGAUGCAACCUUGUCUGGAGAACUGAAGCCGAGGAGGGCCGCCAUCGAGGAGCUUCCCUGGGAGGGUCCCCGCAAUGCCUGCCAAAAGCGGGUGAUGGCGCACCGCGCAAUGUUCGAAGUGAAGUGCGAGAAGGCCGUGCUCAACUUCGGCGUGGGCUCUCCGGAGUUUGUCGCCGGAAUGAUCGAAACGCAUGGCCACCAGAAUCCCAACCUCAAGGGCUAUAUGCCCACGGUGGAGUCUGGAGUUUGGGGCGGUCAGGCCCAGGGUGGAUUCCGCUUUGGCACCAGCGUCGGCUUCGAAGCGAUCAUGCCCACCUCCUCCAUGAUGGACUUCUAUGUUGGCGGUGGUAUUGAUGUUGCCUUCCUGGGCGUCGGGGAGGUGGAUGCACUGGGCAACGUUAACGUGUCCAACUUCGCCGGCCGUGUCCCAGGUGUCGGUGGCUUUGCUGACAUCGCUUCCAAUGCAAAGACACUUGUUUUCACCACGACGCUCACCUGUGGGAACUUGGUUACGAAAGUGGAGGGUGGCAAGCUCAUCAUUGUACAGGAGGGCUCCAUCAUGAAGUUCAAGCAGACCAUCGAUGAGAUCACUUUUCCAUCUGCGUCGCAGGGCUCCCGACGAGUCAUGUUCGUGACGGAGCGCUGCGUGAUGGAGUUGAGGCAACAGCGCCUUGUGCUGACAGAGCUCGCUUCCGGCAUAAGUCUGGAUGACGUGCUGAACAACAUGGGCUUCCGGCCUGAGAUUGCAGAGUGCCUGGGCACUUAUGACCCACGCAUCUUUGAGCGAUAG